GACACUUGAAAGCCGUUACCAACUAAUUUGCAAGUUUGGAUAGCCUGAAGAUGCAAAGCCGUCUCCAAAUAAAUAUCAGGAGCCAAAGAUUCAUUCUAUUUGGUAGAACAAAAGGACUGAAGCCACUAUGGCGUUCUUGUUCGUUGACAACAGCAUUCGCUCGGCCGCGUACACUUCAAACGUUGGAGGCAACGAGGACUUUACUAUUAAGGUUGUUCUCGGUUCCAAGGCAGAUGGUGACCUCGAAACUCGCCGCUUUCAACUCCGCCACUUGAUCCAUCCAAAGUUGGGAACAGCUUCACUGGAGAAUCUUGGAACUUUGCUCAAAGAAGCCACAAACUCACCUCCUCAAUACCCUUUUUACUACCGUGAUGAUGAUGGCGAGGUAAUAGCCGUGUCAACCACCCGGGAACUGCAAGACGCCAUAUCUCAGUCUCUCAACAAAGCAAGGCUGUAUCUGUACGAAGAAAAGCCAGCUACCGGCAGCGAAGACAAGCCAGUUGCUGUGGGGGUCGUCCCAGACAAAGUAGUGACCUCCAAAGAAGUGGUCCCGCACAAUGGCAAGGACGACAAUCAUCGUACUGGUCAUGAAGCAGCAAUGAAACUAGUCUACGCUGAAGAUAUGACGAAACUAAGCACCAACAUUCUGGAUGUUGCAACCGAGAACCCAGCAGCAGAACAAGCAACCCACAACAACAGCAACUCCCUCGACACAUUCAAGGAAAGCAAGCCAUUCUUCCACUGGCAAGGAGCGGAAACAGAGUGGCGCAAUGUGGACCCUUUCUUGGGCCCUUCUUCUCUCAUCUUCCGACGCUGAGGAGUGAGUCAAGUCGAGUCUGUUUCCAGAUCAAAACAAAUCUCCCAGGCCGGUGGCAUGGGUAUUCGAGCAAUAAUUGCUACAACUACAUAAUAUCUGUACGAACAAGACAGAAGAACUUCGAUACCGGUAUGUUUGGGUAUCAAGCCAGAUCUAGGAAACAUGUGUUAGUAAUUGUACUGUAAGGAUUGAAAUGUACCAACCAUCAAACGGAGUACGAUCUUAUGAAACUGUACUGCAUGGCAGAUGCAUGGUUUAAGUUGUUGUCCAAGGA